GAGGACCAUCACGCCUUCAUCUUGGCCACAGCGAGGGACUUGCAGCAAGACAAGUUCCAGGAGGCCGGCGCCGUCGCUGAAUGGAGAAGGGCGUGGCUGUCUUCCACGAUCGAUUGCCGCUUCAAGCCCGGGCUGAAUUUGUUCUGGGAAGCGGCCAAGCAAAGGGAGGAUGUUGGGACCAGCUACAAGACCAUGUACCACAGCCCUGUGCAACGCAUCUUUCAAAUAGUGUCCUUCAAGUUGAAUCACGAAUCAGCUUCCAAGACCAAGCUGACGACUAAGAAGCUUUUCGAGAUCUUGUCUGCCAACUUGACGGUGACAUCGGGGGAGGCAGUGACGCAGUCCUUCCUCGAAGUCUUGAUGGCUCUGUGGAAUUCCUUGCUCAGUGACACUUCUUUCCGAGAGGACGUCCUGCUUUCUGAGGAGCUCUUCGGAAAGCGAAGUUUUGCCUUGAUUGAUGGGGGCGCGCUGCUUCUGAGGCUGUUCCAUAUGUGGGCAUGGAAGUAUGUCCUGAAAGAUGAGAUCCUGGACAUGCUGUUGGCUCACAAGAGCCUGCCAUGUGAGGACGCAAAACGCAUCCGGGAGAAACUCUCCACUCAGGAGACGUGGCGCAAGGCAAUGGCUGGUGGCCUUCUCUUCUCGCGGGAGACGCUCGACAAUAUCCCUGACAAUGAACUUGUCCCUAGCAUUUUGACUGCAAUUGGUGAUUCAAGUGUCGCCCAUGACAUUGUAAUGAUCUGGACAUGGCGCCGAGGCAAAUCCGUGAAAGUCGUGGCCAACAAAUCGUGGCUGGGGGCGCUGCAGCCAGCCAGUCAAGAGGCUGCAGAAUUUCUGGCAGAUCUCAUUUACACCAAGAAGUACGACGAGAAGGUGAAGAGCGUGUUGCACACCAACUUUGACGUGAAUGCCCUUCUCGAGCGCGAGGUGCUCAAGCCCAUCUGGGACAAGCUAACCAAGAAAGCCGACAACACGGCUGCGGCAACGCAGGCGGAGUCAGCGGACGAAGGUGCGUUGGAUGACGCCGCCCUUGUGAAAGCCGCCAUCCGCCUUUCAGAGCCCAAUGAAGCCAAGGCAACUGAGGCUGUCCAUGCAGUUGAAGCUCUGAAGACUGAAGACAAAGAGUUUCUGCUAGAAACUGAGACAACCGCCAAGGACCUUGUCAAUUCCCUUUUGCAGGUCGCG